AUGCCACUUUUCAUCAACCGGGACCAGAUCUUUGCGCACCAAGUCCACCUGUUGGAACAUAAACUCAGGAGUAAAGAGGAACGAAUCUUGGAGUUGGAAACAGAGAACGCGCUUCUGCACCUGCGGUUAGCUGACUGUCUGGCCCAGCUGCGUCGGGAGCAUGAGGGUCAGAAGGAGGCGGAGAGGCGGAGCCAACUUCAGCGCAACACACAGAGGAACACACACCUCACAAUCAGCAGACUACACACACACCUACAGGUGUUGAAGCAGGACCUGCGUGGUGUGUUUGGGAUGUACGUGAGUUUUGCUCGUGAGCUGGAGCAGCAGGGGAGAGAGAUCAUGGAGAAGGUCGCGCUCAUCAGCACCACACUACAGCAGCAAGGGGAGCCACUACAGAGGCUGCAGGAGCAGGUGGGUGCUCUAGAGCUCUCCCUAGAGGAGGAGAAGGAGAAGUGCAGAGAGGAGAAGCAGCGCAGAAGACUACUGCACAACGCCCUGGUGGAGCUGCGGGGUAAUAUCAGGGUCCAUUGUCGUGUGCGGCCGGUUCUUCCCUUCGAUCACUACGGAUCAUCACUCAGCAUCAGUUCGGCUGUGGAAGAGGUGGUGCAGGCUGUUAACGAUGACUCUGUGUUGGUCCACUCCACUAAACCCGGCAGUCAGGUGCUCUGCAGGAUGUUUGAGUUUGAGAGGGUGCAUGGGCCUGAGGACUCCCAGGAUGCCGUGUUUCAGGAAGUGAAGCCUCUCAUCACCUCACUACUGGACGGGUAUAACGUGUGCAUUAUGGCGUACGGCCAAACAGGAAGUGGGAAAACUCACACUAUGAUUGGCUCUCACCAUGGAAACGGAGUGGCCUCAUCAGCCAAUGAGCAAGAGGGAAUCAUCCCCAAAGCCGCCUCCGAGCUCUUCAGGCUGGCUGCCGAGCGUCCAGUAGACAGCGUGGAGGUCUCUGUAGUUGAGGUCUACAAUAACGAAGUUCUGGACCUGCUGGCCAAAGAGGAGGAGGGUGGGGCCUACGGCGUCAAACGAGAGGUCAUCACCAUGGCAACCGGCAACGUGGAAGUUCCAGGACUCACGCACGAGCCGGUGUCGAGCUGUGCGGAUGUGAUGCGUCUGUUGGGGUCUGUGUUGCGUGUGAGAGCUCAGAGUCCGACACAGGUCCAUCGAGACUCCUCACGCUCCCACCUGGUCGUCACACUGACCAUUACAUCACGAAGCGCCAACGCCAUCGCACUGGCGCGGCGUAUGCAGUCUCGCCCAGCCCCCCCUCGUGCGCCCCCCCAGCGAGACUUCUGGAGCCCCCGCUGUUCCCGCCGCGCAGCUCCGGUCGUCCCCACACGAGGGCGCUCCACUGCAGCCUACGGCAGCCCAGAGGAGCGGCCCUCCAGCCCCGCCUCCUCCGCCUGCUCCUCCCCUUUCUCCUCCCCAUGCCACUCCCCCUGCCCCUCCCCCCGGCCCAGCAUCUCUCAGGAGCCCGUCAAGACCAGACUGCAGCUGGUGGACCUGGCCGGGAGCGAGUGUGUGGGCAUGUCGUGUGUGAGUGGCGCCGCCCUGUGGGAGAGUUCGUGUAUUAACCGCAGCCUGUCAGCUCUGUCUGACGUGCUGGGAGCCCUGGCAGAGCAGAGACCUCACGUACCCUACAGGAACAGCAAACUCACACACCUACUGCAAGACUCAAUAGGUGGUGAUGCCAAGCUCCUGGUGAUGCUGUGUGUGUCUCCUACUCAGCGCUUCCUGACUGAGUCUCUUCAGUCUCUGGGAUUCGGCACACGCGCACGCCAGGUGCAGAGAGGAACCCCCCGCACCCCCCGCAAGAACAACACACACCUCAGGCUUAAAUAG